CUCUGGUCGAAUGACUGAGACCUGUUUUUCAAGUCUGAAAAUUGAUUUCCAUAAGUUCAAUCCCUUUUCACGUGUUGACUGUGCUUCUGAUUCGAGGUCGUAUUCUGCAUCCUUGCAUAUGUGAGGCAAAUCGGGAGGCUGCAGUUGGGCUGAGCAACCUUUCUGACUUCAAACAUUACCUCUUCGCUGCCUGAAAGCUUUGUUCUCUCAUGUUACCAAUGCCGGGCGUGUUGUGAUAGACUGUCUUAGGCAUCAGGCUCCAUGAUGGAUCCUAUCACUGCGAUAGGCGCCGUUGCCAGUAUAUGGCAAAUCGCCCAGGCAGCCCUGUCUCUGUCCAAAACGCUUUAUACGCUAGGCGCUGCUGUUGGUUCGGCUUCUGAUGAUAUUCAAAUCCUAGCGGACGAUCUGAAAACAUUCUCACAAUCAUUGAGUCUUCUUUCACGACUCCUCGAAGACAGCAAGUCGUGGUAUUCGGACGAUAUAUAUCUAUUGACUGCGAAAAUCAUUAAAGAUUGUGCGGAAUUGUACGUCAAAAUCGACAGAAUACUUGUGAAACUAGGCAGCAAUGGCAAGAGUGCCUGGAAAUUGCGAGUAAAGUUUGUGUACAAGGAAUCUCAGAUCCAGAAGCUCCUAAGCAGGCUAAGGGACAUGAAAGGGACGCUGGCUACAAUAUUGAUGAGUCUACAAGUUGAUUUACAAUUGUCACUGUUAAAUAUCUCGAGUACGAGCAAGCUUCAACGACCGCCCGAAAAGCCCCUGCAACCCGAUACACUUCGCAUUCUGCAAGAAGCUCAAAAGUCGAUCAUGGCCGGCGGUAUUCUCACAAAAUAUACUGUCCAAUCUGAAAGCAUUGUUCAGGUAUCUAGUAGUGAGGUCUAUAUCUCGAGCACUCACUCCGAGGGAUCACAAUCAGAGGUAGUCUCUGUGAACCCAAACGAGGCCAGUUCCUCCCCAAUUUCGACAAUGCUUCGUCACCAAGACCAUUCAUCCAACAUGUUCCAUGCAAAACGAAAGUUUAUGGUCUUGCCACAAAAUGUUAAUGCAUUAUCUCCGAUCCUCACACGUGGGGCGAAAUCGUCCGAUAACAGAGGUGCUGGCGACGGGGCUUGUACGAAAGUGGAAUCACAUUCUCCUGCAGAGGCUAGCCCACGACUUUCAAAUCAUGAGACAAGGACAUCCAGAAGCCUUAAGUCAUCGUCGUCAUCGGAGAGCUUUAAGAGUGCGAUUUCCAUCCAAGAGCAAGACCUCGAGAUUGCGCGAAAGGUCAAAGCGGUCCAAAGCGUUUUGCAUGCUUUCCGAACUGCACUUGAGAUACUUGGCAACCUCAUCGAAAGGCGUAUCCCGAAAUUCGAUUCCAGCUUGCUCGACGCGGCAAGGGUCCUUGAAGCGUCACUAAACAAAGGCAAUACAGACAUUGAUCAUCAUCAUACCCGACAUUUCAAAAAGCACAACAGAGAGUACAUUGAAAUGUUUGACACCGAUUAUUCCUCCAAGAUCCAAAACGCCAGUUCAGACCUGCUGAAAGAUGUCGUUAUGAAACUCCACGAAUACUCAGCUGACCACGAAGAUCUCCAUGAAUCGCAGUUCAACCAGCUCUCCUGGGUAUCAAACUACACAGCGGGUCGGGUCAUUGGCUAUCUCGAUCGUUUGGCAAAGCAAGCCGCUAAGAACUCGAAGCUUAGCGACUUUGAAACCAAGCAUACUACAAACCGAGAGAAUUUCUCUCUGCCUUCACGCUCAAUACCCCCUUCAGAGAAGGGGGAAGGCCGUGGGGCAUGGUUCGGAGCUUUUCAGGCCACCUCUCCGGCAGAUCGCUUGCAACCUCAGAAAACGCCGCAAGCAGACCAUGUACCCCUUCCAUCUGCAUCCCAACUUCUCGAGCAUCGUGAAAUGUCUUUGCCAUUUGUCGGCUAUACAUUCAAACGGUUUGAAAACAGUGCUGACCGAGGCAAUCUUUCGCUAAAUUGUGAGGUUGAGGAGCUGCCCAGCCCAGUAUCUCAGGUUAGAUCUAAGAUUCGUAAAGACCGACGACGAAAAAGAGCUUAUCCCGACUUGAUGGAGAUGCCUACUUCUCUCAUGAGCAUGUCAAAUGAUUCGGACAUUGACGUCUCCCACAACGCAAGCGUUCAGUCUAAGGAUCCGACGUAUGACGCUACCCCUUCUCAACGUAAGAAGGCAAAAGUAACGGAAAUCCUGCAUGAUUCGGUUCCGGAUGCUCAAUCUCCAGGGGAAAAAGCAGUGUCACAACCUUUUUCAGGCUCGGCCCCAGAAAACACGCAGAUGAAUGAGCUGGGUGAAACACCGCAGAUGCCCAUGCAGGGUAGUCAUGUUCGACCUAGUCAGCAGAUGGGUCCUGGAGCUCCCUCGAAUUCCCAAACUCCUACUGCUCAAUCCAUAACCAAAUCACCACAGCCAGGAAUCGCUGUGAAUAUGAACGCCCAGGAGCAGUUGAUUCUCCAGCAAAAAAUAGCGACCUUGAGAAGUCGUCUUGAAUCUCCUGCAAGAAAUCCACCAUCUCAACGGUUCAGAGACAGACGGGCUCUCAAAGUUGCUGAAGCUGCUUUACAGCAAAGCAUCACGAAGACACAGUCCGAAGAAAGAAGUCCUCCUGCCGACGAGAACCUGCUCGCCGGCACACAGCAACAAAACACUUCCAAUAUUGUCGCGGCCCAGACGUCAUCGCCGGACUGUGAAGUCCUCAAUGUGUUUGAUUAUCUAGUCUCAAGUACAUCAACUCAGCCUGACCACUCAACACCUGGAAAAUAUCGAUCUCCUCCACAACCCAAGGAAAGAACAAGGCAUCACCAUGUUCUGAGCUCCCCGUCAGAAAGCCUGGAUACAUCCACCGGCCAGACCCCAUUUCCAGGGACAGAAACCGAACGUUCACCUGCUAUGAAACCAGAUGAACUGCAAGACUAUCAAAAGCAGCUCCUCGCAACGGAGCCUCAUUAUAAGCAUGAUCACAUGGCCCAAAGCCAGAACCAGCCCAUCGAACUCUCCCCGGCACAGAUUGAAAACCAGGUAGAAGCUGCACGAAAGUAUAGGUUAUCACUUAUGCCUGGACAUGAUCCAGAUAGCGAGGAAAGUAAAGAGGCACACAGAAAAGCACUGAAAGAUUAUCAGAUGUCUCUCAUGGUCUUGGACUGCGGGAAACACAACACUCGUCGACUUCAAAUGAGACGCAUAAGUGAUGAGGAUGAGCCUCCCAAGGAUACCAAUUUUUCGAGCCCAGCUAAUGGUAUUGUCUGUUUACAACCCGGACCAUCUGAUGUGCUGCAAGACUUUGACUUUGACGCCUUCCUCAAGCAAGACGACUUUCACUUUGAUACGGCUGCUGAUCCUCGUUACUUUACAGGAUCGUCCAAGUCACCGCCAGAUGCAAGCGAUGUUCUGCAUGACUUUGAUUUCGAUAGCUUUCUUAACCAAGACGAUGAUGGGUCGUUCAAUUUCGACUCUGCUCCAGUUGCAGAACGUUCACGUGAAGGGGACAAGACGCCGAAACAAGAUCAAGUCGAGGACGUCAAAAAAGAUAAGAAUUCAGCGGCACUGAAGCUCGACGAGAAAUUGGAUCAUGCUUCAGGCUCGGAGGUGGCUUCUUGGGACAAUUCCAGGAACGCGAUGUCUUCGUCAACCACAGGCGAGGACGAUGUACUUUACAUCAACGCGAAGCAGUUCCAUCGCAUUCUCAAGCGUCGUACGGCAAGGCAACGAUUCGCAGACCAAGCAGGUAAGUUAAAGUCUCGACACGACCCCCACUCAACAGCUGUGACUUUUGAUGAUACCGAAGCCAUGAGCCCUACGAUGGCAAAGGAUUCUAAGAUUGACUCGCCUGGAAUCUCUCCACCUUCUCCAAUCGUUGAUCCCGAUGAGACACAGGAUCAGAUAGAGCUAGCAUGGACCUGCCCCGCUCUCUCCCCUACACAAACAAGCAAGCUGUGGUGGCAAGCCUACAUCUCUCUCGUCUCAUCUUCUUGUAACGAGUCCGCUGUGUUUAUGCAAAUCAAAGACUGUCUGGAAUCCGAACUAGGCAUUCUAGCAUCGAGGCAUGUCCCUGACGACAUAAUUUGCAGACGGAUAGGAAACAACGUGCGUCGACUCGGAACCGCAUUGCAUGUUGAUAAGCCGCAGCUAGUUGAUCUGUUAGAGGUCAGGAGCAAUAUCCUUAGGAUCCUAACCACAGUUGGCGAGCAAUUGGGGUUUGAGAUUGCGACGCUAGGAUGGAGUUGUGUUUGUGUUCUGCUUUCUCUUUAUGAAAAGAUCCUCACUACCUCCUCCUCAUCAUCACAAGUCGACGCAACAAUCCUUCUCGGAUCUCUCACCCAUCUUCAAGAUAUCGUUGCGAUCAUCGCUCGCUAUGCUGUGAUGGAAAACCUAUACCAGCAAUCUAACGGAGGACUGUCACUAAAACCUGAGUACCACUCGGCAUUGCUCUCGCUCUGUACUACUGUCUUGGAAUAUUUUGCGCAUGCAAGUGGAUGUGCGGAAGCGGAGUUAGAGUGCAUCCAGAACGAAGGAGGCUCAGACGAAGUAACGAUGAUUUCGGUCAAAGACAGGAAGCGAGUACAUUUACAGAAGUGCGAAUUCUUGGUGGAAAGGAUUAAGCAGAAAGAUAUCGCGUGUCAGGGAUUCAGGGUUGUGGUUGACACAAAAGAGGAGAGCAGUUAUGAGAGUGGAAGCGAGACUGUAGACGAUGUGAGUGAUGAAGAUUGGGAGCGAGUAGAGAGUGAAGAUGCUGGCGUGGCGGUGAUGGAGAAUAUGUGAGGAGCUAAAACUUCUUACAUUCUUUGAGAUAUGCUUCAGAUCGGAGUUCUCGGCCUUUUGUUGUUUGAUUGGUCUACCGUCGCUGUUCCGGUCGAAGUCGAAAAAGGGAUCCGUUUUGCUUAAGUGAAUCGCACCUUGAUUUACAAUACUCGAUUGCAUGGAGUGGAAUAUCUUAUUGACUAUUCGUACCGCAUGAGUCUGUCCCACCAGAAGCUCCGAAAGCCCUCUUAGCUCAACUUAUCUCAUAUG